AUGAUCACACCGCAACAGAACAAGCCAUCGCAGAAAGCCACCGUAGUUUUCAAUAUUAAAAAAAUAAAACCUCAAGAAGAGAAUACAAACGGAGGAGAUAUUCUUCUAUGUAGUCAAUCAGUCAGUACGAAAGAAAUGUUUUACGCUCCUGUAUCCUUCACAGCCAACUCGUGUACUUCAGAUGAUAAGUGUAGCCAACUCAAAGAUUGCAGACUCCAACCAUUUGAACUGGACGAGAUUUUAGACAAAGAUUCGAUUGAUGCUUUAGAAGAAUGGGUUACAGCAUACAACACACUCCUCUGGGAAAUAUUCUUUAGGGAUAACAAUGGGCCAAAAGACGAACUACCACUCAAUCAUGACAUGAACAAGGUGGAUGAUGAAGAAUACACCAUACUGUACAAGGCAGCCUUAGAAGGAAACCUAAAAGAAAUUGAGGAACUUAUUUCAAAGGGAGCAAACCUGGAUAAACCGAGCAAGGGUGGCCUUAGGCCUCUUCAUGCAGCAGCUGAAGAAGGUCAUGCUGAUAUUGUGGAUUUCCUCAUCCUACAUGGAGCGGACCCGAGUGUCGAAAGCAACAUGGGUCAGACACCUCUUUAUAAAGCAGCGACCAAUGGGCAUUCGUGCAUCAUAGAAAGUCUAGCUGCAAAAGGGGUUGAUGUAAACAAGGAAAAUAGCGCAGGUCAGACACCAUUCAAUGCUGCCAUUCAACAUGGCCAACUAGACGCUGUCAAAUAUCUCAUCACUAAUGGAGCAAAACAGAACAGAUAUGAUGGAAUGACCCCACUCUAUGCAGCAGCUCAAUCCGGUCACCUAGAUAUUGUAAGAUUCUUAAUUUCCAUUGGAGAUGAUGUGAAUGAAGAAAAUGAUGAUGGAAGGAUCCCCUUACAUGGAGCUGCUAUCAUCAGUAACAUGAAGAUCAUAGAAUAUCUCACUCAAGAAGGUUCCGAUGUGAACAAGGCAGAUACGACUGGUUGGACUCCUUUCAAUGCUGCCAAUCAGAAAGGUAAUCUACAAGCUGUCAAAUAUCUCAUAGAUGAAGGUGCCAAGCAGAACAGGUAUGGCGGAAUUUCUCCGCUGUAUGCUGCAGCUCGAUUCAGUUAUCUAGAUAUCGUGGACUUCUUCAUUUGUCAUGGAACUGGUGUGAAUGAGGUGAAUAGUAGUGAGAGGAUUGCUCUCCAUGGAGCCUGUACUAAAGGAAACAUGGAUGUCGUGAAAUAUCUCAUUGCACAUGGUUCUGAUGUGAACAAAGCUGAUUCGAAUGGCUGGACUCCAUUUAACGCCUCCAUUCAAUAUGGCCACCUCGAAGUUGCCAAAUAUCUCAUAGAUAAAGAGGCAAAGCAGAACAGGUACUAUGGAAUAACUCCACUCUGUGCUGCAGCUGAAUUCGGCCAUUUAGAAAUCGUGAAAUCAUUCAUUUCCAAUGGUGCUGAUGUGAAUGAAGAAAAUGAUGACGGGAAGAUUCCCCUUCAUGGAGCUGCUAUCAGUGGUAACAUAGAUAUAAUAGAAUAUCUUAUUCAGCAAGGCUCUGAUGUGAACAAGGCUGAUUCAGAGGAAAAUGAUGACGGGAAGAUUCCCCUUCAUGGAGCUGCUAUCAGUGGUAACAUAGAUAUAAUAAAAUAUCUCAUUCAACAAGGCUCUGAUGUUAACAAGAAUGAUUCAGAGGGUUGGUCACCAUUCAAUGUUACCAUUGAAGGAGGCCAUCUAGAAGCUGUCAAAUAUCUCAUUGAUGAAGGGGCCAAUCAGAACAGAUAUGAUGGAAUGACCCCACUCUAUGCUGCAGCUCAAAGCGGUCAUUUAGAUAUCGUGAAAUUCUUCAUCUCCAAAGGUGCUGAUGUGAAUGAAGAAAAUGAUGAAGGGAGGAUUCCUCUCCAUGGAGUUGCUAUUAACGGUAACAUGGAUAUCAUGGAAUAUCUCAUUCAAAAGGGUUCCGAUAUCAAUAAGGCCGAAUCGACGGGUUGGACACCAUUCAAUGCUGCCAAUCAGAAAGGUAAUUUAGAUACUGUCAAAUAUCUCAUAGAUAUCGGAGCCAAGCAGAACAGGUAUGCUGGGAUGACUCCACUUUAUGCUGCAGCUGGAUUCGGUCACCAAGAUAUUGUAAGAUUCUUCAUUUUCAAUGGGUCUGACGUGAACGUAGAAAAUAAUGAUGGAAGAAUUCCCCUACAUGGAGCUGCUUUCAGGGGAAACAUCAAUAUCAUGGAAUAUCUCAUUCAACAAGGUUCUGAUGUGAAUAAGGCCGAUCGGGAAGGUGGCACACCAUUCAAUGCUGCAAUCCAGUGCGGCCAUCUUGAAGCUGUCAAUUAUCUCAUUGAUAAAGGAGCCAAGCAGAACAGAUAUGAUGGAAUGACCCCACUCUAUGCUGCAGCUGAAUACGGUCACCUAGAUAUUGUGAGAUGUUUGAGUUCCAAUGGGGCUGAUGUGAAUGAACAACACGAUAAUGGUAGAAUUCCAUUACAUGGAGCUGCUAUUAACGGUAACGUUAAGAUCAUGGAAUACCUCAUUCAACAAGGCUCAGAUAUGAACAAAUCCGAUCAAAAGGGUUGGACUCCACUCAAUGCUGCCAUUCAAUACGGCCAUCUAGAAGCUGUCAAAUAUCUCAUUGAUAAAGGAGCUAAACAGAACAGGUAUGAUGGAAUGACCCCACUCAAUGCCGCAGCUGACUUUGGACAUUUAGAUAUUGUAGAGUUCUUAAUUUCAAAUGGUGCUGAUGUGAAUGAAGAGAACGAUAGAGGGAGGAUUCCUCUUCACGGGGCUGCAUUCAGUGGUAACGUGAAGAUCAUGGAAUACCUCAUUGAACGAGGUUCUGAUGUGAACAAGGCUGAUCCCAAAGGUUGGUCACCAUUCAAUGUUGCAAUUCAAUACGGUAAUCUAGAAGCUGUCAAAUAUCUCAUAGAUAAAGGAGCCAAGCAGAACAGAUUUGCUGGAAUGACCCCGCUCUGUGCUGCAGCUGCAUUCGGUCAUUUGGAUAUUGUGAAAUUCUUCAUUCCUAAAAGCGCUGAUGCGAAUGAAGAAGAUGAUAAUGGGAUGAUUCCUCUUCAUGAAGCUGCUAUCAGUGGUAAUAUGAAGAUCAUGGAGUAUCUCAUUCAACAAGGGUCAGAUAUUAACAAGGCUGACCAAGAUGGUUGGACACCAUUCAAUGCUGCCAUUCAAUAUGGUCAUCUAGAAGCUGCCAAAUAUCUCAUGGAUAAAGGAGCCAAACAGAACAGGUAUGAUGGAAUGACCCCACUCUAUGCUGCAACUCAAUUCGGUCAUUUAGAUAUCGUGAAACUCUUUAUUUCUAAUGGUGCUGAUGUAAAUGAAGAAAAUGAUAAUGGGAUGAUUCCUCUUCAUGCUACUGGUAGAGGCCAUCUAGAUAUCAUGGAGUAUCUCAUUCAACAAGGGUCAGAUGUAAACAAGGCUGAUCCAAAGGGAUGGACACCAUUCAAUGCUGCUAUUUACAAAGGGCAUCUAGAAGCUGUCAAAUAUCUCAUGGAUAAAGGACCCAAGCAGAACAGAUAUAAUGGAAUGACCGCUCUCUAUGCUGCAACUGCAUUCGGUCAUUUAGAUAUCGUCAAAUUCUUCAUCUCAAAUGGUGCUGAUGUAAAUGAAGAAAAUGAUAAUGGGAUGAUUCCUCUUCAUGGUGCUACUGGUAGAGGCCAUCUAGAUAUCAUGGAGUAUCUCAUUCAACAAGGGUCAGAUGUAAACAAGGCUGAUCCAAAGGGAUGGACACCAUUCAAUGCUGCUAUUUACAAAGGGCAUCUAGAAGCUGUCAAAUAUCUCAUGGACAAAGGAGCCAAGCAGAACAGAUAUGAUGGAAUGACCGCACUGUAUGCUGCAGCUCAAUCCGGCCAUUUAGAUAUCGUGAAAUUCUUCAUCUCAAAUGGUGCUGCUGUUAAUGAAGAACAUGAUAGUGGCAGGAUCCCAUUACAUGGAGCUGCUAUCAAUGGUAACAUGAAGAUCAUUGAAUACCUCAUUCAAUGCGGCUCCGAUGUGAACAAGGCUGACAAGGAAGGUGGAACACCAUUCAAUGCUGCCAUUCAAGAAGGCAAUCGAGAAGCUGUCAAAUAUCUCAUAGAUAAAGGAGCCGAGCAGAAGAUAUUUGAUGGAAUGACCCCACUCUAUAUUGCAGCACAAGCCGGUCAUUUAGAUAUCGUGGAAUAUUUAAUUUCCAAUGGCGCUGAUGUGAAUGAAGAAAAUGAUAUUGGGGAGAUUCCUCUUCAUGGUGCUGCUAGUGGAGGCCAUCUAGAUAUCAUGGAGUAUCUCAUUGAAUUAGGGUCAGAUGUAAACAAGGCUGAUCCAAAGGGUUAUACACCAUUCCAUGCUGCCAUUGAGUACGGCCAUCUAGAAGCUGUCAAAUAUCUCAUAGAUAAAGGAGCCAAUCAGAACAGGUAUGCAGGAAUGACUCCACUCUUUAUUGCAACACAAACCGGUCAUUUAGAUGUAGUCAAAUUCUUCAUAUCUUAUGGUGCUGACGUCAAUGAGGUUGAUGACAAAGGGACGAUUGCUCUCCAUGCUGCUGCCCGUAAAGGUAACAUUGAAAUCGUUGAGUAUUUCAUUCAGCAAGACUCUGAUGUAAACAAGACGGACAGAAAUGGACUGACACCACUGAACAUAGCAAUCAUCGAAGGGAAGUUGAAAGUUGUUAAAUUUCUCAUUGCUAAAGGAGCCAAAUAUUUUAGUUAUGAAGGUAUGACUCCACUUUACAUCGCAACACAAUACGACCAUAUCGACGUAGUGAAAUUCCUCGUGUCCAAAGGAGUCAGCGUAAACGAAGGGACUGAAAGCGGGAAGUCUCCGCUCCAUGCAGCAUGUUACAACGGUAACAUCAAUAUGGUAGAAUACCUACUUCUCAACAAUGCUAAUGUAAAUAAACAAGCUGAAGAUGGAUGGACGCCACUCCAAGCCGCUGCACAAGAAGGCCACCUGCAAGUAGUCAAGUAUCUUUCAGUACGUGGUGCACACAUGAAGGAUAUGGAUGGUAUAACUUCGAUACAGGCAUCGCCAAACACAGCUCAUUCUACUCGUCAAAUACAAGGAAUAUUGAGUACUGACACCCUUGCUCAAAUUGCGUCACGAAAUCAACAACAUAAAGGUCAUCGGACUGCAAUCCAAGCAGAAUCUGCAACACAUGCAGAACAAUCCAAACUACACGUUCAUAAUAUCUAUGAUGACAAUGCUUUCAUCCAAGAGGAAAGGUGUGAUGAACUCUCGUUGAGCACUGGGGCUCAUAAAGCUGAGGGUAGCGCCAAUCAGGAGCCUAAUCCUUUCUCUGGUGCCCAGACGAAAUCUGCUGAAGAAUCUGAACAUGGUUCAUCCCAGGAUGACAUUGACGCAGUACAAAACAGCAUGACUAGGAAACAAUACAACCGAGCCAAUGAUAUAAGCCGCCCUGUCUCGCUCGGACCUCAGAAAUGGCAAUACAGCGGAUUUGCUCCACCAUUCCUACAAACCCUGAACAACUCUAUGACCACUGGGCAGGAUUCAGAAGACCCAUGGUCGAGAUGGCAUCUCCCAACUAAAGAGAUUAGACAAACCAGAAACCCUCCAAAUCUGAUCACUACAAGAAAUGAUCGUGCCAUUCAUGGAGCUUCGUCAGAGUCAAACAGUACCCUAAGAUCAAAGCCUUCAUCAAAUGGUCAUCAAGAUGUCUACUACAAAACACACCUGUCCUACAUAGGAGCAACUUCUGGCAACGCUGGAUGGAAAUUCCUGUCGAAAUUUCGAAAAACAUGGAAAGGUCGACCCCCUUCAGCUCUGCUGAUCGUUGAAACUCUCCUGCAGGCGCUGUUAGCUUUCGCCAUCAUUCUUGCAGAAUGUCCAGUUCACGUAGCAGGCAACGGUCUCACCGAACAGGUGACCCUGCAAGCAGGUAGUCAGGGUGUAGUCCCAUUCCAUUUGCCUUGGUCCACUAAUGAUACAUCCCAAGGCACCCCAUAUUUUACAGUUCGGUUCGAAUCGCAAAAUCGGCCAUUUUGCGUCAAUGGAAUACAUGUGAUAGAUGGGUUCAAAAGCUCAACGCAGUCUUCAAGAUUUACGACAUCUGUCACAGGCUUAGACACAGCUCCCUGCGUAAAUCUAUUCAUAGAUGAUGUUGAUACUGUAGACCAGGAUAGAUACAUAUUCACUGCAAUCUUGUACAAGCUAGGAGACAUGAGGCAUGAAGUUAAUAAAAAGGAGGUCGCUGUAACUGUUCUACCUGGAUCAGCAAAUUGCUUCAUUACUUUAAAUGACAACUGCGCGUAUGGAGAAGUACGAUGUCGAGCCACCACUGGAAGUGUAGGAACCUCACUAUCAUGUUAUCAAAAUGACCAAAAGCUCAAUAUCCUUGAUGACAUCUCAGAUAUAGGGCGGGAAACCAGUGGUACAUUUUGUCUUCUUCAUGACACUGCUUUCUCUUGCUGUUCACAUGAAGUGACGUCAGACGUCAGUGCUGCAAAGUGCAAUGACUUCCAGUGGCCACCUCGCGUGCCUGGUAAUCGUACUACAACACAGCACAUACCUGAAUCCCUUACCGUAUCAGCAGUAGUAGGCCUACUUACACCAAUCUUGAAACCAGUCAAAUGA